UGAUAAAUGAGUGACUCUUUGAAAGGGGGUCAUAUAUACAUUGCCUUAUUAAAAAUAAAAAUAAAGCUAUCGUGCUAUAAUCGGCAUAGUUUCUCAGACCAAAUCUUCAUUCUGGUUUAAACAAAGCAAUCUGAUCAUGCUCCAGUAAAAUACACGCUACAGGGAAUAAAAAAAAAAGGCUUCUGCAAAGCACAUAUACAUUGUCCAAUCAACAUCCACACAUUGAUUUCAUUCUUCGGGUCUUUAUUCAAACACAAACACACGUGGAAUAAAAUGAUCUUUCAGUGUGUUGUUGCAGGAUGUGCAAUGUUCGAAAGUGUGUGAGAGAUUAGCAUUAAUGUGUGUGUAUGUGUGUGGGGUCAAGUUUGGACGGUCGUACAUAUGCAAAUAGGCAAGAUUGUACAUUUCAGGUCCAUGGACAGCAGCAAUAUAAGCAUAGCGACAUCUGUCAUUCAGCACCACAUGACAGUAGACAGCGGCCAUCUCAUGUGAAGUUGGCACUGGGGAAAUCCCAUGUAAUGAGAAACGAGGCCUAGGAGGCAAAAAGACUGAAGGAGAAGAGUCCCACAAGAACUCUAUGCUGAACUGUUCUGCCACAUUCAUUUCAAAUGUUACAUCUUUCGAUUUGUAAAUGAUAGGGAAUACAUCUGCAAAUAAUUGAAACUGAUUAUUCAAACUACACUGUACAGCUUUUGUGUGUCUGUGCAUCAUAGGUACAACAGUAAGCAAUUCCGUUCUCAAAUGUCUGUUUAUUGUGAGAAACAAAAGGAAAAACACCUGUUAGACCAUUACAAUGCGGACUGUCAUGCAUUUUUACUAUUACCAACAAGACAACGAAGUGAUACGUGUCAUGGAGACUAAAAACGGAUACUUCCCAAACACCAAAAGUUCCUACGCUGAGCGAUAUUGUUUACUACACUAUUAUUCAUACAAUCCAAGUCAUACGUUUAUUGUCAUUCAUACUCUUAUUUUUAACCGAAUAUCUUUUCAAAAGUGUCCAUUCUGUCAAUUCAGAGCAUGGAAAAAUAUUGGAAUAAUGUGCUUAAGGGGACUGACACUCGUGCCGCACAACAGGAUAACACAACAACCACAUUUUCAAUUGACAAUCAUUGCUUUAAAUGGAUGUGGUCGAUAGAUUUGUAUAGGUGUAGCAGUGUGAUGUUGUUCCCCUAUAUUAUGCACCAAAUUGCACACAGGGACCAAUUCAAAUCGGCCAGGUCAAGAGGGGAUGUUAAUAAUUUGAUAAUAAUACUAAUAAUUCAGUCUAUUUUUUAAAAAUUUAAUUACAGCUGCAUAGCUAAAGUGUACAAACACUUUGUUACAAUGUGGAUAAUAUAAAGAUAUUGUAUAGGCAUAUAUAAACAAUGUAUUUAACUUGGAAACCAAGGUUGGAUUAGUUGGUCUAAGCAACAUGCACCUGGAUAAUCGGGUCAUGAAUCUGGACGGGCUCCUACAUCCUCAUAUACACAUUAUGACAAAAUAAAGAGUUUAAUGUUUCACGAAAUAAAGACAUAGAAGCAUACCCAAUUAUACAGGUUCUACACAUUCCAUUUCUCCAUGGCAAUAGAAUGUAAACAUUCUAUUUUGCGCCAAACAUCCCUACAACUCAAUUCUAAGUGCAGCAUAUUGGAGGACUCCAGCCAUUGAUCAUUCGCGACUUUAAGUCAUUCCUGUUAUCUCUAGAGCAUCUCGUAUAUCUAUAGCGCUGCAUUUCUUCCCCAUCUUACCAUGGAUAGGGUUUGGUGCAUUCCGGAGUUCACUUAUGGUCCCACAAAGGUAAUCUUAGGAGAAAUUAAUUUUAGCAUACCGUAAAUGCCUGUGCAUAAUGUGCAUAACAAAGCAUCAUUAUUUUCAUUAUCUUCAAAGGAUUUCUGUAGAAGCAGCCUUUAUUUCCAGACUCUGCAGGCCUGCUGGGAGGAAACAUAUUACAAUAAACAGAAGAAGCUCAUGGUCCACUAUCUGCUGCUCCAGAGUCAAGGCCAGGUCCCUCCCCAUGUCACCACGGAGCACAUGAGCAACUGGCUGGUGUCUCAGGGCAAAAAAUCUCUUAGGGAGAGGGUGUGGAAGGAAACCCUGGAGGAAGGAAGCGACCUCGCUCGGCUGGCCUGGGAAGUAAACACUUGCCUAAAAAUGAUGAACAUAGAGCACGAGGCUUUCUGCAAGCUCCGCCGCUCCAUGCACCCCACCUCCCCAGCUGACAUCGAUCCGAAGGUCCACAGCAUCGUGGAGAGAGCUGUGAGGAGCAUUCUGGGGGAGCAGUCCAAAGAGCCCAGUAGCAACCUGCUCAGCCCAUCUCAGGUGGUGGUGGAGGUGGUGCCCAGGCUCCUCCUGGCCCUGUGGCUUCAGCCAGAGGAAGGCCAUUCAGAGCACCCAAUCCUAAUAGGUGGGAUGGCCGUGGGCAUGGUGGCGGCCGUAGUGGAGAAGCUCUCCUGCAUGUUAAAGGACCCUUCCCCUCACAUCCCUUUCUCCCGGGCUGCUGCGUUUGACUCUGUGUGGUCGAUCCUCGGGAGAAUCAGUCAGUCCUUCUCCACCGAUGACCUGCAGAGCCCUUUUUAUACGAGCUCUGUUUGUGCCUUUGUGGCGGACGAGGUGCAGAGCUGCUUCCAGCCUCCUGCAGCCCCCCUACCAGUCCCCACUGUCCUCGCGGUGGCCGCUUCCACUACACUACCAGCUGACAUCCAAGCAGAGGCAGACCCGGCUUCUUCCCACCUGAAUGUUGUGGACAUAACCCCUAAUACAGAGGCAGAGCCCAUCUCUUCCCUCUUGGAGGUUGUGGACGUCACACCUGAAGAAAGGACUCUCACAAUGGCCGUCUCCGCCACUCUGCCAGCUGACAUCCAAGCAGGGACACUGGCUGUGAGGAGGAUCCCCUCCCUGUGUGCAGGUACGCUGGACAUUGGGAAGAUUCCCUUCCUCUGCGCAGUGACACUGGCCAUGAGGAGGAUCAACUCCUUUUGUUCAGGGAUGAGGCCUGAUGCUCGGAGGAUCUCCUUCCUCUGUACAGCAACAUCAGCUGCUGUGAUGAACUGCAGACUAAUCAGGUGA